UUAGGAUAUGCCAAUGCAAAAAUAUACAAAUGCAACUAUGAUAAGUGUCCACGACCUGCUUGUUUUGUAUCUGGUGGAUCAGGUCGUGAUGACUCAUUACCUUGUUCUAGACCUGGAUGUCCUGGAAGAUUUGAAUUAGUUAGACAUGUGUCUUUUGUAGACUGCCCUGGUCACGACAUUCUUAUGGCUACUAUGUUGAAUGGAGCUGCAGUUAUGGACGCUGCGUUAUUACUCAUAGCUGGGAAUGAAUCUUGCCCUCAACCACAAACAUCAGAACACUUGGCUGCCAUAGAAAUCAUGAAGUUAAACAAUGUAAUAAUCUUGCAAAACAAGAUUGAUUUGGUGAAAGAAGGUCAAGCCAAAGAACAACAAGAACAGAUACAAAAGUUUGUUCAAGGAACCGUAGCUGAAGGCGCACCUAUUAUACCUAUAUCAGCUCAGCUCAAAUAUAAUAUGGAAGUAUUAUGUGAAUAUAUUUACAAAAAAAUCCCAAUUCCUGAAAGGGACUUCACAUCACCUCCACGCCUAAUUGUUGUUCGAUCAUUUGAUGUUAACAAACCUGGUUGUGAGGUAGAUGAUCUUAAAGGAGGAGUGGCUGGUGGUAGUAUUUUACGUGGCGUUUUAAAAGUUGGYAUGGAAAUUGAAGUUCGGCCUGGCUUAGUAUCUAAAGAUAGUGAAGGUAAAUUAACUUGUCAGCCAAUUUUCUCACGUAUUGUAUCCUUGUACACGGAACAAAACGAGUUGAACUUUGCUGUUCCCGGAGGACUUAUUGGAGUUGGAACAAAAAUUGAACCUACUUUGUGUAGGGCUGAUCGUCUUGUUGGACAAGUAUUAGGAGCAGUUGGAGCGCUACCAGAUAUUUUUAUUGAGUUAGAAGUUUCAUACUAUUUGCUUAAGCGAUUAUUAGGUGUACGUACAGAAGGAGAUAAGAAAGCAGCUAAGGUUCAACGAUUAUCAAAAAACGAGGUAUUGUUAUUAAAUAUUGGAUCUCUGUCCACUGGUGGAAGAGUAUUAGCUACAAAAGCUGAUUUAGCUAAAAUUAGUUUAACUACACCCGUUUGUACAGAAAUUGGAGAAAAGAUUUCACUAAGUCGUCGAGUUGAAAAGCAUUGGAGACUUAUUGGAUGGGGUUUAAUUCGUGGUGGAGAAACAAUACAGCCUUCAAAACCACAAACAGGCUAAAAAUGUGAUCUUUUACUAUAUCACAAUAUGUGUAUUUAUUGCAUCAUUUACUUCAAUAAAGAAGAUAAAAAUAGUACUCAAUUAA